AUGUUGGAAGUUAGAUGCAUCCGCCGAAUUGGACUAACGGACACCGAUGGCCCAUACGGCGUGGACAUAGAUCAGAGCGGCAGAAUUGCAGUGACAGGAAGAAAGAGCUAUACCGUAGAAGUUUUUGAUCACCAUGGAAAUACUCAAGUGAAAUUUGGAGAAAAGGGGGAAGACCUUGGAAAAUUCAAUUUCCCGUGUGAAGUCGCCAUGGUUGCUGAACAACGUUUACUGGUCACCGACCCCUACAACGACCGGGUGCAAUCAUUCAGUACAGAGAGUGGAUCGUUUCUUGGAUUGUUCGGGGACAGUCAGAAUGAGUUUUUACAUCCACGUGGAAUCACCGUCGAUGAGAGUGGUCGUGUUUUGGUUGCAUACGCAUCCCAAUGCUGUAUCUAUGACAACCAGGGACAAUUCAUCUCUGGGUUAGAUACAAACAACGACCAGCUUAGGGGGGUCUGUGCGAAAGGUGGAAAAGUGUACACCACGGAUCGUGAUUCCAACCACGUGAAGAUAUCAGAUUAUUCUGGAAAAAUUUUGAAAGUGUUCGGUGAGUACGGCCAAGGAAAUGGUCAAUUUGAUCGUCCAAGAAGUGUUCGUGUCACCGACAACGGUGAGAUUUUAGUGGCCGAUUGUCGAAACAACAGAGUACAAAGAUUUGACAGUAAUGGCAAUUUCAUCGAUGUCCUCGUGAGUGAUGCGAGCGAGGAGGACCUGGAUUCUCCGACAGCACUGUCCCUCACAGCUAAUGAAGAUAUGGUAGUUGCUAACUAUGGCUCCAAUAAAUUACUAGUGUUUGAAAUGUGA